UUUCUUUACUUGCUUCUCUCUCAUUCUCUCAGGUGGCUGUUCGGAGAGCUGACAUGUUUGUGCUAUGCUGUAUGUGGCGUCCUCUUCGGCUUAUCCAGCCUGACAAAUCUCACCGCUCUGUCGUCCGUCUGCUGCCUCAAAGUCUGCUUCCCAAACUAUGGUAACAAAUUCUCCUACUCCCAUGCCUGUCUGAUGAUAGUGGGGGUGUGGUGCUAUGCCAUGGUGUUUGCUGUGGGUCCCUUGGCAAAUUGGGGUCACUAUGGCCCUGAACCCUAUGGGACAGCAUGCUGCAUAGACUGGUAUGCACCAAGCCAGGAUACUCUGUCCAUGUCCUAUAUUAUCUGCCUCUUCCUCUUCUGCUAUGCCCUGCCUCUCGCCAUCAUCCUCCUCUCCUACAUUCUGAUCCUCAUCACUGUAAGAGGGUCACGGCAGGCAGUACAGCAACAUGUGUCGCCACAGACCAAGACAACAAAUGCACAUAUCCUCAUUGUGAAGCUCUCAGUGGCGGUGUGCAUUGGUUUUCUGACCGCCUGGAGCCCUUACGCUGUUGUAGCAAUGUGGGCUGCAUUUGUGGAACCCAGUACAGUUCCCCCUAUAGCCUUUGCAUUCGCAGCUAUCUUUGCCAAAUCCUCCACUACCUACAACCCUGUGGUGUACCUGGUAUUCAAGCCUAACUUUCGUAAAUCUCUGAGCAAGGACACCGCUCAGAUUCGCAAACGAAUAUGUUCCAGCCCGUGCAAAGGAAGCCCUGUGCCUGGUGAGAAGGAUCUUCAACGGCAAACAUCUCUACGCUGCAACAAGGAUGCUAGCAACUCCACUCGACUCUCCAACGGCCUGGUGGACAGCCAUGGGGCUUGUCUUCAUUGCACAGAGGCGGGCCCUCAUUGUCAACAGACCCCGCCUCAAAGGGCUGCCCGUGUGCUGAUCGGUACAUCCUACAGCGAGGUGACUGUGAGUCAGCUGCCAGAGAAGAUGCAGGCUGACCUUCUGUGAAGGCCCUGUAGGCUCUCCUCAUGCCAGGACAAGUGUGAGGAAUAGAUGGAUAGGCAGCCUCAAAAUGAAACUUCUGGCCACUAGAGAUAAGCUUGAUGUGUCAGAGACAAACUGUGGUCACUUCUGAUACUGAUGUCAUGUAUAAGGAGCUGCAAAACAAUUGACCCUGCACUAAGUCCCACCUUAAAAAGGUUACUGACCAAUCCUACCGUAGCAACUGUUGCUGUCCACAGUUUUAUCAGACUAGCUUGUGCUGUUUUACUGAAAGUAUGUUAAAAAAAAAUAAUUUGUGAUUCAUUCACUGUGAAAAAUAACAAAAGAUGAGUUAAAUAAGGUAAGCAGCUGCAAAGCAUUUUGGAGUUUUCUCAACUUCAGUAGUUAGUUGUACCUAAUUAAAACUAGAACUAGUUAAUUGUACCUAAAUAGAACAUUUUUUUGAAAGGUAUGAUGGCUGCUCAUUACUACUUAGUUAAAUCAACCUUCCUCAGCAAAUACAUCUGACACAACAUUAAGAAUUUUUUGAACACUAAAUAUUUUGUUGAAUAAAC